AGACCAAAAUACAUUUUCUGGAAACAUUUCAGUUCUGACAGUUAAAAAACCCACACAAAAUGUGGAAGUGGAUAAUUAAUAUUAUAUUAUUAUCCGUGGUGCAGGCCAACGAAAAAGUAGAUGAACAAAUACCACCGACAGCAACAUCCCAAAAAAUACGUCAGCCGUAUCCGUGUUAUAAUCAUGUUUCAAACUAUUUAACCCAACAAUCCCAGAACUAUCCAAGCCCAGGAUUCCUUUGCUAUCCACAAAAUGAUAUUAACAGUUAUCUCUGGUACCCACCGUGGGGGCAAUGGCUAUCACAAGUAUAUCCAACAGUCCCUUAUCCUGUAUAUCAAUUCCCGCCAGUUCAACUUCCCACACUACCCGCGCCACCUACGUUUCCGAUUCCUUCCCACCAAUAUCCAGGUUGGAGUUCUCUUGGAACUUCGAUUCCUUCCUUCCAACACCCGGGGCUACAACAGCCACCAGGCGCAAGUCCACCGCAAGGUUGGGGUUCGGCACAACCUCCAGGAAUACAAGGACCACCUGGCUCCAGUCCAUUGGGACCACAAUAUCCUCCCUACCAAUCUCCUACAUCAUCUGCAACGCCAGGUUGGAGUUCUCCUGGAGCUUUGAUUCCUUCCUUCCAACACCCGGGGCUACAACAGCCACCAGGCGCAAGUCCACCGCAAGGUUGGGGUUCCGCACAACUUCCAGGAAUACAAGGACCACCUGGCUCCAUUCCAUUGGGACCACCAUAUCCUCCCCAACAAUCUCCGGGAUCAUCUGCAACGCCAGGUUGGAGUCCUCCUGGAUCACCUUUUCCUCCCUCUCCACUACCAGGACUACCGGGAACAUGGGAUUUCAAUGCUUGGGGGUCUGAGAAUCGACCAAUGCAUCCUCCGGCACAUCCCGUACCACCAGGUUGGAGUUCACCUGGAUCUUCGAUUCAUUCCCGCCAACAUCCAUCUUUACAAGGACCACCAUUGGGAUCUCUUGGACCCGCCCUCCCUGGCCAACGACCAGGAAUACCGUCACCACCAAGUUGGACUUCGUCUGGAUCUCGGAAUUAUAGCCUUCAGCCCGUACCACCGAGUUGGAAUUGGUCGGGAUCUUUAAGUCCUCCUGUCCAGCCUCCAGGAUUUCCGCCUCAACAAGCUUGUAGUCCAUCGGGACCUAAUUAUCCCCUUCAGCCUCCGGGAUGGCCCGUACAACCUCCAAGAUUGCCGGCACAAUCGAGUUGGAAUAUAGGCUGGCGAGCACCUGAAUAUUUAAAAAAUCUAAAAUCGGAUACUAAGAAUGUCACCAAUUAAAAACUAAAAUAAACGAAUAGCAGUAUAA